AUGACUUCCAAGAAGGAGCGCGAGAGGACGGAGGCUCAGUCCCCGCUGAUGGCCAACAAGGUGAAGUCCUUCACUUUCAGACAGUUACAAGUAGAGAAAUUGUGGAAUUUGAUCUCACUUCGUAACCUCACAGGACGCCUUCGUCCCCUACUGGUCAGCCUGCCCAACUUUGUGGAGGCAGUCAGGUUCCAGCGGGCAUUUGAGGAGGUGCAGGCAAAGUCCCUCCAGCCCGGUCAGGAGGGACAGGCCCUUGUUGGCUUCGGGGACUUCAAGUUCGAGUCCCUGGAGAGUCUCUUUGUCAAAUACCUGCGGAAGACGUCACCAGCUCCAGGGACGCAGAUGGAGAACGCCGUCCAGUACGUCCGUAGCAGAGACAGAGGACCACAGCUGCUGCUGCUGCAUCCACCUCCUCCAGCAGCAGCCUCUCCAUCGGCCGCAAGCCAGAGAGUCACGAGUGCAUCACAGCCUCUUGGUUCAGCACUCAUGGCUUUUGUCUCUGGGCGGCGUUCUCUAUCGGCAGUGGAGAUGCAGGCCCAGGUUAAGAAGCUGCUGGCCCCUAGGCCUGCAGCUACAGUGGGGUCACCAGGCUCACCUUCGUCCUCGCUGACUACCAGGCCAUCAGCGAGGCUGAUAGAGAUCCAGCUCUUUGAGGUUCUCUGGAUGCCAGAGGGGGGGCUGCUGCCAUCCCUGCAGAUGGGUACCAGCCAGGACCUCAUCCAGUGGCCUUCCUCCUGCUCCUCCACCACCUCCCGUAUAGACUGGAAUGCUUCCAGAAGUGCUCGGACCUCAUCCUUCGCCGUCAUGCGGUGUAGCAUCAAGCUGACCAGCGCCGCGGGCCCCGGCAGAGCCGGCCUCCCCACCUGGGCCUGGAGCGCCCCCAGGAACUGCCGGUUGACAACCAGCUCACCGAUCAUCUGGCCCAGCGCCAUGAUGGGCUGGGUCGGUGUCAGUCUGCCAUCAUCCGUCCCCAUCAUCCGUCCCGUCACGGUGAGCGCCCCUGUAGCAUUGUGGGGGCUGGGGAAGGAUGCAGGAGAGACGUCUUAG